AUGAAUCGUUUGCUUUUAUGGAAUCCUUCAUCAAUCUGCGAGCUAGAACCUGGUCCCCGCGGAGAAGGAAAUAAAUGCUGUGGAGUUAUAAAUGCAGGAAUAUCGUGCAAAAAUUUUAUAAAGCAGAAAAAGUUGAAGGAGGGUCGUCAAAAGCUACACGCUUUGGCUGAGAGACCUUUUAGUCUCUCCAACCUCCAACCUAUAUUACGCGAUAUUGCAAGUGAAUUUCUCUGCACGAGAUGGCACCGGCAGCGCCAGGCCGAUCAAGUCAGUCAAAAGUGGUAUCAGGCGGCAGUCCGGAACCAGCUCAAUGCACGCACAUCUCAGAGUUUAUCGCCCUCGACUCUUAGGGCAGAAGGCCACCCUUUACGACAGUUCACAGCCACACAAAAUAUUGGGAUGGGAAGAAUUCGGCAAUCCGCAACCAGCGAGGAGCUCGCUGACCAGGUUCAAAUUCCCGACCUUGAACGUCUUUCUUUCGUCUACCCUACUCCUGUAUCAGCGCCAUCCCGGAGCUCUGUUCGAUCAGUUGAUGGCAAUAUGCUUCGGGAGAAUCGAGUACCCUGGCAGGUGUCAUAG